CUGUGCUGGUGGGCUACUGGAUACCCCAGAUACAUAAGAAAAUGACUUUAAAAGCAAAAAAAGUCGAUAUUCCAAGAGAAGAGUCCUUGAAAUAUAAUGGAAAUAUAUUAGACGCGUGGGCACUUCGUAAUACUCUCUUAGAAAAUAUUAUAUUUUCACGACGAGCAAACGAGCGCCAACAAUCCCUGUGAGCAUUUUGUCGUCUAAAAGCGGUCUAUUAGCGGUCUAUCCGUUCACCCGGGUUUGUCCACUCUAUUAAAACAAUAUUAAUAGCUUUUCAUUAUUUUCACCGCUGGCGUCUUGUUUGUUGUUCAGUUCGACCAUUUUGAAUCGGCAGCGCUAUCUGGUGGCUAAAUUGUUGAACUUCCAUUCCAAUGCCAUUUAGUCCACAAACACGAUCCUGGCUUACGUCCCUGGGGUGCCUAGGUGGCGCAGGAUGUAAUGCAGCCCAAUGGUGACUGCAGCGUCCACCGACUUGUUAGCCCGGUCUUUUACGUCCAGAUAAUAUUAUUUAGCAUUCAAAAUGUCAUAAAUAUGAUGAUUUCAAAAAUAAAAUCUGUUUACACGGUUGUAUUAGUACAAGGGAUUUAAUUCUCUGUCGUUUUCCUCAAAAAGGAAGCUGAAAUGUAUUUCUCUUUUUUUCUUUUCACGAUAAAACACGUAGAAAAGGAACUGGAGCCCGCCGCGUAAAUUAAAACUAAAAUUGUUGUAUGAAGAAGAGACGACUAUUUUAAAAUACAAGAAAGACACAUCUUCAACAAGAAUGCAAUACACUCAUUCGAAAGGCGGUGAGCGCAAGGGAGAAUGCCCAUCUUCGAGGAAAGGGGCGGAAGCGGAAAUGACGUUCUUAUUUUGAAAGAGCGCAUUUUCAAAAGAGUUAGCCAUCAGAAAGAACAUCGCAAAUCCAGAAAAGACAACAGAGCGACAUAAAAAAUCAUUACAAACUUCCAAAUCACGCGCUGAGCCUUGACCAUAAGACUUGAGUUUUCCAACAAUUGUGUGACUGCUGACCCUGGAGAAGAACAACAUGAAGAAGAAAGCCAGGCGCUUGGGAAGUCACAAACCGGUCACCAGCAGCGAAAUGUUGGUCCAGUGUUGCGUUCUCUGCCGACGCUGUGAAGAUGACCCCGCCUUGUUUGGGGACAAAUUCACCCUGCGGGAGGACAACAUCUCUGUGCACUACUUCUGCUUGCUGACGUCGUGCGGCGUUUACCAGCGGGGCAAUGAUAGCGAGGGCGUGUUGGGGUUCCUGGUGGACGACAUUAAGCGGGAGGUCCGCCGCUCUGCGCAACUGACGUGCUGCGCGUGCAGGAAGAAGGGCGCAUGCGUGGGCUGCAACGUGAAAAGUUGCAGAAAGACGGUGCAUUUCCCGUGCGGACGCAACAGUGGGUUUGUUUCGCAGUUUGCCCAAAACUUCCCCUCUUACUGUCCCAACCACAGCCCGUCCCAGUCUGCAAGCGUGAGCUCAAACCCGAGCCCGCCUCAGUCGUGUUCCGUGUGCUUGGAUGCCAUCGACGGCGACCUUUCCUACGGCGUCCUCAAGUGUCCGUCCUGCCGCGCCGGCUGGUUCCACAGAGACUGCGUGCAGAGGCAAGCGCACAGCGCUGGCCUCUUCUUCUUCAGAUGCGCCUUGUGCAACAACAAGGGCGAGUACCAGCGGGAGAUGCUACGCAUGGGAAUCUACAUCCCCGAGAGAGACGCAUCAUGGGAGUUGGAGGCCAACGCCUACGCCGACCUGCUGGAGGUCUACGUGCACUGCGACGCCCGCGCCUGUGUCUGCACCAGCGGACGUGCGCAUUCCGCCAAAACCGGGUGGUUCACAGUGAUCAGAUGCCUGCUGUGCGGGUCCAGGGGGACACACAGGAAGUGCUCUGGGCUCAAGGUGGACGCCGCCGACUGGACCUGUCCCGAAUGCGCAAAGUCCACUGACAGGAAAGCAGCCAGCCGUCGCAGCACCAUCUUCCUGCGAGACCUCCUCUUCUUGGCCACCGGUUCACCGACGCCGCCGGCCUCCCGCCGACUCCCUCCGUCUAUCUCCUCUGGCCUCACCGCUGACACGACGAGGAGGAGGAGGACAAAACGCGGCCCAAGCAGGGCCUCUUCCCGCAGAGCCAGCUCGAGGAGAACCCCCUCCUCCUGCCCGUCAAGUCGUCCUACCACCGUGGUCGUUGGCCACCAUGCGCACCUCCUGCCUGGCAACGUUGCACCGUCACAGUUUCUUAACAAUUAAGUUUUUUUUAUUACUCUAAGACAGGGGUGUCAAACUCAUUUUUUUCAGGGGCCGCAUUGUAGUCAUAGCUUCUUUCGGAGGGCCAUUAUGACUGUCAACCCAAAUAAAUGUAUGAGCACUUCAUUAUAUACAAUAAAAGCUACAAACCAAAUUGAUUAAAUUAUGAUUAAAAGUGAACACAAUUUGAAAUUCUAGUAAUGACACACGAAUUUGAUGCACAAUUUGUCUUCGCGGGCCACAUAAAAUGAUGUGGCGUGCCGUAUCUGGCCCCCUGGCCUUGAGUUUGACAUAAUGAUGUUUCACAGUGACAUUGUUCACUUGUUAAAUUGUGACUUCAGUAUCAACUUGGAAAAAUACAACUCUUAAUUCAAAUAAAUCUUUCCUUGCUUGCUCGUUUUGUUGAA